AUGACAUCCCUGAAAACCCUCGACAGCCCCGAAUCCUAUGCGAUUGCCUGGAUCACGGCCCUUCCCAUCGAGUUGGCCGCUGCAGAAGCGAUGCUCGAUGAGGAGCAUACAGCUCCGACCGGCUUCACUCGACACCAAACCGACACGAAUAUGUACACAUGGGGUCGCAUGGGGGAGCACAACAUCGUUAUUGCCUCUCUGGCCUCCGGAGUCUACGGAACUAAUUCGGCUGCGACCACAGCCUCGAGCCUGCUUGCCUCUCUGCCAGCCAUCCGUUUUGGCCUUUUGAUCGGCAUAGGCGGCGACAUCGCUCAACCGGACCGUGAUAUUCGACUUGGCGACGUUGUCGUGAGUCAACCCGAUGAGACCACCGGCGGCGUUUGCCUGUACGACUUGGUCAAGGCAAGGUCUGGUGAUAAGUGUGAGCGCAAUGGCUUCCUCGGACGGCCUCCGACGGUCCUCCUUAAUGCGCUUGCUAGAAUCCAGGCCGAUCAUGAGCGGAAAAACUCUAAGGUUCCCUUCUUUCUUCAAGAGAUGUUGAAGAAGAAUCCGAAGAUGAGCAGGAGAUCCAAGCAGAAUCCUGGCUAUGCUCACCAGGGUUUCGAUAACGACCGCUUGUUCAAACCUUCACGCGACCACGUCCCCGGCCUGGACUGUCGGGGCUGCGACACGGCGGAUGAGAUUCAACGCGAGCCCCGAGACACUACCGACCCCGAUAUCCACUAUGGGAUCAUCGCAUCCGGAAAUAAACUUGUCAAAGACGCCGCUAUUCGCGAUCGGAUUGCUGCCGACCUCAGCGAGGAUUGCCUCGGCUUUGAGAUGGAGGCAGCUGGCCUAAUGAAUUACACUCCCUGUAUUGUGAUCCGAGGAAUCUGCGACUACGCUGAUUCUCAUAUGAACGAUCGAUGGCAACGCUACGCCUCGGCGACUGCCGCUGCGUAUGCCAAGGAGCUCCUGAUGUACAUGCCAGUUGCGAAGGUAGAAGAGACCAAGACGGCACUGGAAGUGCUUCAAUCCGGUUAG